AUGCGGAAUUCUCAUCUCCGCUCUCCUUUCAUUAAUAAGAAGAGCAAAGAUGGUCAAGAUGGACUUGCUGUUAGAUCUUAUUUCAAGCAAUCUAUAUCAGAGUUUCCAGAUUUAGUCCGUCCUGAAGUCAUCACAAAUUUGGACUUGUCAUUUACUAAUAUAAAGGACUUUACAGGCAUGCCAUUGAUGGAAAACCUUGUGAAAUUGAAUGUAUCAGGAACUAAAUUAAAUUCAUUUGUCGGUGCCGUCAAAUCACCAAAAUUGGAACAAAUUUCAUUUGCAGGAUCUCCAAUCGCUAGUUUCGAAUACUUAAAUAUGAUGUGCCUGAUAGCAUUUGGUCCCCAAUUAACACUAAUUAACCAUGUUCGUGUAACAAAACAAGAUAUCAAACUCAGCGAAUUAUAUAAAGAUACAUUAGAACCAUUAUUACGUUCAGGCUGGAUCGUUGCAUCAAUUGGACCAGAUAUUGUCAUAGUUAAUUCUUCCACACAUAAGCGCAAGAGAAUUUUCAUGAACUCAGAAGCUCCGAUCGAACUUUUAACUACAGUUAUGAAGACUCCAACCAAAAAACUUACCUCUCGUCGCUUAACAUCAUCUUUCAAAUGUUUGCCAGGAAGAUCACCUGUUCGUGCUCCUCAAACAGAAAAUCAUCAAAAGACUAAGAAGUUCUUUGAUAAUGAGAAUGAUGAAAAUGAGCACGAUCGUGAAAAUCUUCCAUCAUUCAGUAUCGAUGAGAAAUUAACUCAAAAGAAACCAGAAGCAAAACCAUCAGCUGCAUCACAAAAGUCAGAAUCCAAGAUAGCUAAACUUCAAAGCGAUUUGCUUAAAAGGAUUGGCAAGAAGAAAGAAGAAAAACCAGUUGAAGAACCACAAAAAGAAGAAAAAGUUCAAACAACAAUCAUUGAACCUCAUGAGAAAGCGCCAGAAGUUCAAAAACAACCAAUUCAGGCUGAAACUUCACGCCGCAAAUCAGGUAUUCCUGUUAGUAGAAACUCAAUUAUCAGGAAUACAAAGGAGAAUUCCAAUGCAAAUUCAAACCUUAUCAAUCCAAGCGAAACCAAGAAAUCCAGAAGGAGAAAUGAUUCUUCAAUCAUGGAAACUCCAAAGGCAUCUAAAACACCAGUUCAAAUUUCUAGACCAGAAGAUGAACUCCAAAACAUUCCAAAACCAAUAUUUGAAACAGAAUUCAAUCCACUCAAAGCAAGUGAAGAAUUCAUUAUGGAUUCAGACUUAGAAAUAGAAACAAAGCCUGUCUUAUCUAUCCAUACAACAACAACACCAAUUCAGAAUAAAACAAGGAAACCAGUACAUAAGAAUGUCAAGCCAAGAAACAACUCAGUUAAAUUAGAAAUGGGCAAGAUUAUUGAAUUUUCUGCUGUUUCUAAUGAAUUUACUGCUUCUGCAAAGCAGAAUGAGAACUGCAACAAUAAUUCUGCACUCCCAGCUUCACCAAUCAAGUUCUCAUCAUCAAUUUCAACAGUUGCUCCAUCUGUUGCUACGAAUUUCUCUGAUAGUGAAUCUUUAAUUGAUCUCGAAGAGCUUGCAUCGCCAAGUAAGCUCAACUGGCCGAAGAGAAGGAAGCCAAGGAGAUCAAUUGUCCAGAAUAAUCUUCUUAACAAGAGUGAUGGGUCCUUUGAUGUAUUAGAUUUAGGACUCCCAGAAUUCAACAUCGAAAUUUAA